GAUAAUGCUAGAGUGGCAUCUGUACUAAAGGAAAUUUAGCUUAAGUUACUCUGAGCAGCAAAGGAGUGCACUUUCUUGAGUUAUCACAUACUGGAAGAUGUAAAGAGCCUCACAAUCUUCACUAGGAUUUCCCACAACUAUUAGCUUUUUUAGGCACCUAUUUGUAGUUAACCUCAUCAUGGCCGUAUCCUCCUUAAAAUCAGUGUUUGUGGACUAAGCUAAAAAGACAUAAGGGUCGGUUAUAUUCUGGACUUUUGAAAAAUCGAUCAUUCUUUUUCUGCAGAUAAUCGAGAAGAUGAGCAGGAGCAGUUUCUCCUUAGACAACCCAUGAAUAACAGGCCAAAUAUUGGACUAAUUCCAACAGAUUGUGAUGUCUCAGAAAUGUUUACGCUAUGUAAUAAUGAAAAUGAACUGAUGUUGCACAACAUUCAAGACAUGCUUGAUCCUGAUCUACCGGGAAAGAAAGGUUGGCGAGAAGUGGGACGUCAUUUAAAAGUUACCGAAAGAGACUUAAACUUACUGAAACUUCAAUAUAAGUCAAACGGCAGUCCUACGGAGGGUCUUAUAGAAAAAUUGAAGACUUUUACACCAGAGCCUUCAAUGAAAGAAUUUGUCGAAGCUCUGAUCAGUUGUGAAAGAAGUGACGAGGCCAAUUACAUUUGUAACUGGCCAUGGGAGAAACGUAACUGUACUGAACUGGAGAACCAUGAGCAACCAGAUACGGUCCAGCAACCAGAAAUGGUUAAGCAACUAGCCUGAGGAUAUUUUUCUCCCCAGCCAGCCGUUUUUUUGAAUGUCACACAAUCAACGCUACCCUUGUGCGUUCCGUGACAUCGGGAUACCAGCUCCAGGCCAUAUUAUUGACUUACUAGUACGCGUUUCUAUGUUAUCCCUCUUUGGAUAUUUGUUAGGUAGCUUUGAGAAACUUAUUAUUUAUCAGGGAUUUAUGCAUUGCGUACUUUUAUUU